GGAGACUGGUUUUCCACUGUUUGCACGUUGAGAUGGGAACUGUCAUUUUUAAAAUCAGUUACAGUGGUCUUAUUUUUUCCUCUGGCGCUCGUUGUUUGGUUUCACGAUGUUUUCGGGGAGGAUUAAUUCCUCACAUGCAGAGAAACGUCCUUGCAGGCAGACAAAAAGCGGAUUUAUUUAACACAGCAGUGACUCUGCCAGCAUCCAGUUCUGGGUCCGGUCCUGAGAGCAUGCAGGGGGUGUCCCGAGAGCUCAAAGCAGUGUUGAAAUUUGCAAGGCUUUCUGAAAAUGCCACUGUCCCCACAAAGGCUUCUGCAGGAGCUGCAGGUUAUGAUUUGUAUAGUGCCCACGACUGCUCCAUUGGUCCCAUGGAAAAAGCUGUAGUCAAUACGGACAUCCAGAUUGCUGUUCCUGCAGGUUGCUAUGGAAGAGUGGCUCCACGUUCUGGAUUAGCUGCAAAUUACUUCAUCGACGUCGGAGCGGGAGUUAUAGAUGAAGACUACAGAGGAAAUGUUGGCGUUGUACUUUUCAACUUCAGUAAAGAAAUAUUUCAAGUGAAAAAAGGGGACCGCAUUGCCCAGCUAAUCUGUGAGAAAAUCUGCCACGCAGACCUUGAGCAGCAUGAGGAACUUGAUGAAACUACACGUGGAGACAGCGGUUUUGGAUCGACUGGCCAAACAUGAGACUCCUUGAGAUUUUGAGUAUUUAAAGACCUUUUCUGUAUUUUUGUGUUUAGAAAGACUUGUGCAAGAGGAAAGAAUCCCCCCCCAUGAUUUUGAAAUGAACACAUCCUCAAAGCACGAGAACAGUAUAGCCCUAUUUGGGGCUUAUAAGUCAAAGGAUCAGUACUUGUUUACUUUGUUACCUUCUGAUCUUGCUGUUGAAGCACUUGUGGGCAACAAAUUUGUUCUUUCACAGCAGAAUUCACUGAAGAGUGAAUAGUUUCUUCCCUCCUGUAGUCAACAUGGGCCACUGUUAAUUUGUUGAUACUAAAAAAUUAUGGUAAUCCAGUUGAAUUUAUUUUAUUUUAAUGUUGUGUUCUUCCCAACAAGUUUUCUCCUUGUGCUUAACAGGGAGUGAAGAAAAAGCAGUGAGAAAACAAUUAAUGAAAGUAACAGCCAAGAUGUGUGUUUAAAAAUCACUGGGAGAAAAUCCAGAGAGAAACUGAGGAGAGGAAACAAAACUUCUAAAGCAGUUACAUUAGAAUAACAUCUGGAGGUCCAAGGCCAGAUGACUGCCCACCCUGCCUGGCCUUUUGCCCUGAGACAUGGUUUGUUGUUAAUAUUACCACUAUGUGGUGCUAUAAGUACACAAUUGAAAAAGAACACAAAGGUUGGUUUGAAUCUGUUCUUUAAUUUUGAUAUAUUUUACUUCUGAAUCUCUCAUUUUGUUAAUUCAAAGCUAUGGAGUUCAGUUUUUUUGAAAUUAUAAUCUAGAUGAUGAAAUUAUGGGAAGUGCGUACUGUACUUUAUUUUAAGGUCACUAUUGUUAAGUGGUUAAUCUUUCGGAUUUUUUUUUUUUUUUGCACUGGAAAUUCUUCUGCAAAAAAAGUCUAGGGUUUUGUGUUUCUAGUCUGAGGAAUAGUCCUGAAAGCCUAAUGACCAUAAAUGCUUUCUCUGUAAUGGAAUUAUUUCAUUAAAACUACUGUUAUAAAUUAUGACAGUGCUGGAUGUACAAUAUCAAAAUUGACCUCUGAGGUCGUUUUCACCUGUGUGUCCAUCAUAAACAUUCACUUGCCCCAUAGGAUUUGGUGCAGAAGUUCAUUCAGAUUGCAGUGCUCUUUAUAAAGCUUGUAUGAUGUAAGUACAUCUGACCAUGUGUAAGGAGGACUACCUAGGGAGCAGCAUGGAGGCAUUCCUGCUAUGUGGACACUUGGGAUAUUGUGACAUUUCUACAUGUUUUUCACAAAGAAUUUGUAAAAGGAAUAUUGCUGAAAAUCAACAUUUCUCUAUUCUAAGUAAUCAAAUCUGUUUAAUUCUGGUGCCCAGAUGAGUGCCCUAAUACCUGGUGCUAUAGUUAUAGAUUAAUAACUUGGGCCACAAAAGAAGUAAGGCUGCUGCCACUCUACUGAGCAGGAAUAAAAGGUACUGAGUGUCUAUACUAUAUUGGUUUAAGCUGCUUCACUUGCUGAAGAAGCACACAUUCUUCAGUGUUUACUAGAAGUGUAGAGGUACAAUCACUGGCUGUGUGUACAAACAGAAGAAUGUGCUCUAUGUGUAUUUUAAUGUGUUGAAGUAAAACUAAUAAAUAAUACCCAUCCAUACAUUAUUAAUAACUGCUGAUCUUAAGACGGGGUCAUUGUGGUGCAGAGGCUAUUCCAGAAGUAUUUUGUGUGAAUCGGAGUACACCUUGGACAGAACACCAGUCCAUCACAGGGUAGGCACCCACAUAGACUACAGGCAGUUUAGAGUCUCUGGUUUAUGUGAAACACACGUCUUUGCACUGUGGGAGAAAACUUGCAUGAACGUGGGAGAAAACUUGCAUGAACAUGGGAAAAACAUGCAAAUUCCAGAUGGAGCUGGAUUCAAACCCAUAGUACAAGCCACAGUCCAACAGCUGAGGCACCAGCUGGGCAACCAUGCCACCCUAACAAAUAAUCAAAGUGAAAUGUGAUGCAACUGGAUCGAGCUAAAUUGACCAUUGCAGAAAAUUACUCCUGAUUCAUUUUAUUGGGACUUUUUCUAUACUAAUCUAUUUACCACGUGUAUUGAACUAUACAUUAAAAACAUGAAUAUUCUGCUUAACAUAUUCCUGUUCUCAUUUAGGGGGUCAUUUUUGAGCCAUACUACAGUUCAUGUAAUGGAUCAUUUCUUAAAGCAAAUGAAUAAAUUUAUGCACUAUAUCCUCUGAAAAGCAAUCUACAGCAAGCCUGCAUGCAGAGAAAAAUCUUACUUUCUGGCUAUUCAUUUGUAACACCUUGAUCACCACAAAGACAAAUAGCCUGACUAUUUUUAGUUAAUGAAAGUAGUAUUAAACUUGUCACUUCUGGUUAAAUAUUCCAUGAUGCCUAUCAUUACAUGAACUAGGAGUGCAGCUGCAAUCCAAAACAGGUGACGAGGGAAAUAUCCCAGCAGCACACUGGGCAGCUUGUUGGUGCUCCUGCCAAUUCUCUUUUGAAUGUCUUAAAUGGAAGCUCACAGGGCAUGUUGGAAAUAUAGCAUUUAAGCAGAAUCAGACCCCUUUAAACCAAAAAUAUGUUUUAUUGUGAAUUUACUGGAACUAAACCCUCACUGAUGUGAACAAACUCUGGUACUGAAGGAUCAUUUCAUCAUCUUGGAUGAGAGCACUGAUUGUACUUGUGAGAAUGGGUGUGGCCUCCAAGGCCUCAGUGCACAACGUUGAGUCACAGAUAUUAAUUACAUUGACAGAAUGGCGUAUACAGUGAAGAAGUAGUUGGUCAUUAUAAGCACCAUUACAAAACCCUUCCUUUCAGGGCUUUACCUAGUUAAAAAUGCUUUUGAUGAUUAAAAAGUGGCAUGGUUACAGUAUAAACACACUUCAUUUACAUGUAGUAUAGGAAUAACUGUGAACAAAGAGGCUACUGAGCUAACUUUGGUUGGUUGCAAACUUAAUCUUCAGACUGUAGAAAACUUGCGUUUUGGCUACCAUGUUCAUAUGUUAAUAAAAUGUCAGAUGGCCCAAGUAUUCCACAAUGAGCAGGGGAAAUAUGCAAAUAACACUCGCAAUUAAAAUAGCAACAUUUCACCCUGGAAGAAAAACAAAAUGUAUCAUAAAUGUAUCAAUGUGAUGAUACAAAUGGCAAAAUAUAUAAUUUAUUAUCAAAACCCAAAAUGGGGAAAAACCUUUAUAAUAGCAAAACAACACCCCUUUGAAAUCCCACAACCAUGGUUGUGUAGUGCGGCUUAUAAAAGGUGACAAAGUGUAUAAAAGGGUCAAACCCAUGUACCUUUAAAGUACACUCAGCACCUUUGCUCGGCCCUUGACUUCACUUGUUUAAUCAGUGACAAGUGAAGUGCUUUCAGUACAGACCACCCAGAAAUCACCGUAAUUCAUGUUUGGCUAGAAUACCUUAAAUAAGAGCCACCUGGUGAUCAAUCAUUUUGAUUACCUGUGUGAUCUAGACAAAUAAAUGCACUUAUCUCCAUGUUGUACUUAAUUUUAUUAUAUUGAAUGCAUGAUUAUUUUGAAGGUACACAAUUUUGCUCCGCUCCUUGCCAAGGUCACCUGCUGCUGCUACUACCUCCCCCCGUAGUUUUUUAAAAUCCUCAUCAAACUUGGGCAAUCCGACAUUUUAUUCAUAAAUCUAGGAUGUCAAGUUACCAGCACAA